AGCAGUCCGCACAAUUCACACUUUGAUUCAUGCAUAGUUUACUUUUUUAAAAACAAGUUUGCAGCACGCGGAGACGCUGUGACAACCCUGGGCGCCUUUAUUGACUUCGCACUUUACGGCCAAUCGUUCACACCGACAGGCAAGAAAUUACUGGUGUGGUAGGUUUGUAAUGUUCACGUCAGUGUUCGCCCGCCUCUUUCGUUACUUCCUUUGUGGCAAAAUAAAUUGACAGCCAGCAACGGAGGCAAAGUAGUUCAACACCACAGGAUUUGACUGGCCACAGUUAUAUUAUGUGGUUGGUCAUGACGUGUUUUCAGUGAAGUGAUUUAUUUCGUGCUCGUGCCUUUUUGGACUCGAAUUCCAGAAUGAGGAACCAAAGUGGUGACGUUAGAUGACCACACGUCACCAGACCAGCAACUACUGAAGCAUCACGUAAUUUUAUGUUAGGUGUUUUGCCACGUGGAGUGAGGUGAGACGUCAGCUCCCCGUGGAGACUUCUGCAACUCCAAGAACCCCACGGUGCUGUGCUGGUUGCACACCUCGUCGGAUUGCGAGCCAUUCACCUAGGAAACAAUUAUCAAUUUAUAAUAAGAAGAUGAGUUUUUGCUCUGCGUCACAAUCAAGUUGUACUUUUACUAUUGCUUGACCCAGUGUUCCAUCACCGGAACUGCAUGUGUUCUCAACAUGUACGUCACCACAGGAACUUCACAUUCAGACCAGGAAGAGAAGUAGUGUGUGUUUGUAGUAGUGUAUCUCAAAUGAAUAAUGGAAUGGUAUGUGGUUAGACCAAUCGGCGGUUAGAACAAAUUCGGGGAAGUUUCUCAAAAUGUAAGAGAUUCCACCACUGUGUGCAAACUCUGUUCGUACAGUGCGACAGUAACUUGAAAGAAAACACCACGACCAGGAAAUAUUUUGGGAAGUCUCCAUCUCCAGGUCAUUGUGGUGGUGUUUUUCAGCCAUUUAACGGACAGUAAUAACGCGAGCCGUUAAUUCUUCUUUGAGCCUUUGAAAAAUACUUACAUUUACACUGGAUAAUGAAGGAGGUGAAGUCUGUGUUUCCACCACGCUUAUUCAACAUUUGCAUCUUGUACGGGGAGGAAACGUGGGUUUCGUCUACUUCUUCAGUCGCGAUGGGGGUAAAAUCAUCUUUCGAUUCUGAAUCUAAGGGCAAAUUAUGUUUAAUUUCAAAAUCUUCGUUAUCUAGUUUUAUUUAAUACUAGUUCGGUAAAAAAAAAAAAUCGCCCUAUGUUUUCAUAUUUAAUUUGUUUAAUUUUUUUAUUUUAAGCAACCCUAUCUGUUUAAGGGAGAAAUUGCACUACUAUGUCUUCUGGUUCAUUAAAAACGAAAACCCAAAGUGACCCCACUGCGUUCCACUUUUCAAAUGGGUCGGUGAACCUAGUCGCACCGGAUAGCCUCGCUGAGCACCCGCGGGGUACCGAGGAUUACGAGCUGACUGUUUUGAACUGCGUCCCUGGGCAAAACGAGUCCCCCGGAGAGGGGUCCGAGCCGGUCUGCGAGUUCAGUGCCAACGACAAGGGCGAGCGUGAGGAUGACGCUCUCCUGGAGCAAGCCCUCCCGGCGCGGGACAGCGACGACUCCGACCGGCAGAACAUUCCGAAGGAGACGACCUUCUCCAUCGGGGUACAGGUUGUGUUUCCGUUCUUGCUUGCCGGCUUCGGCAUGGUAGCCGCCGGCAUGGUUUUGGACAUUGUUCAGCACUGGACGGUGUUUAAGGACGUGACCGAGGUCUUCAUCCUGGUGCCAGCGCUGCUCGGCCUCAAAGGAAACCUGGAGAUGACCCUGGCGUCCAGGCUUUCCACUGCCGCCAACGUCGGACAGAUGGACGCCGGACGCGAUGUGUGGAGGCUGGUGGUGGGGAACCUGUCCCUCAUUCAGGUCCAGGCCACCGUGGUGGGCUUCAUGGCGUCGGUGGCGGCCGUCGUGUUCGGCUGGGUCCCCGAGGGCCACUUCGACAUCCAGCACGCCGUGCUCCUCUGUGCCAGCAGCGUGGCCACGGCGUUCAUUGCCUCCCUGCUGCUCGGUCUCAUCAUGAUUGGGGUGAUUAUCGCCUCUCGGAGGGUGGGCAUUAACCCGGACAACGUGGCCACGCCCAUCGCUGCCAGCCUGGGUGACCUCAUCACGCUGGCCCUGCUGUCGAGCAUCAGCACCGGCCUGUACAGGGAGCUAAAGGACCACGCCUACGUCAACCCGCUGGUGUGCCUGUUCUUCCUGGCGCUGACCCCCCUGUGGGUCCUCCUCGCCCACCGCACCCCGUCCACACGGGAGGUGCUGUACUUCGGGUGGGAGCCGGUCAUCAUCGCCAUGGCAAUCAGCAGUAUCGGGGGACUCAUCCUGGAUAAGACCGUGUCCAACCCCAACUUCGCCGGGAUGGCUGUCUUCACCCCCGUCAUCAACGGUGUGGGAGGGAACCUGGUGGCAGUGCAAGCCAGCCGGAUCUCCACCUACCUGCACAUGAGCAACAUCCCCAUGAUGGCCCCCAGUGCCACGGCCCCCCGCUGUCCCAACCCCUGCCACACCUUCUUCAGCCCAGAUGUGAACUCUCGCUCGGCGCGGGUGCUCUUCCUCCUGGUGGUCCCGGGGCACCUGGUCUUCCUCUACACCAUCAGCUCCAUGCAGGCCGGCCACACCACCCUCACCUCCAUCUUCAUCGGCUUCUACAUGGCGGCCGCGCUGCUGCAGGUGCUGCUGCUGCUGUACCUGGCGGACUGGAUGGUGCACUGGAUGUGGAGGCGGGGCAUGAACCCCGACAACUUCUCCAUCCCGUACCUGACGGCGCUGGGGGACCUGCUGGGGACCGGCUUCCUGGCGCUCUGCUUCCACGUCCUGUGGCUGAUCGGGGACCGAGACGCCGACGUGGGCGACUGAGCCCCCCCCUACCCCCACCCUCAAUUUGAGCUGGACUCUUACUCUUUAUGAUACCUCUGAGAUUGCCCAGGCCAGAGUUCUCAUUAACAUGGUUUUGGGGGGGAGGUGGUGUUGCAGAAAGUUUACUUUUUAGGGUCUUUUUUUUGGGGGGUGGGGGGCGUCCUCCGCCCCUGCAGUCAUGGUUACCUCAGGCCAUAGUGGAGGCUCAGAUCACGUGCAGGUGUGUCUGCAAAGACGUGCGGAACACGAAAAAUCACCAAGUGCUGAGCCUUCACAGCGUUAUGAGCGUGCGUAGGCUGGUAAUACUUCCUGUGUAACGUUGUUUCACCCUGCAUAGGAAAUCCCCCCCAGUUUCGUGCCUUGUACUUUUUUUAUUUUUUUAUUAUUAUUAUUAUUAUUAUUUUUUAAGCCUUUAACACAGGCUGGUUGGCAUUAAAAACAAAAAGAACUGAACUCUUUCUGGCCUACACUGGGCCAGCUGAGGCUGCUUGGGGGUAUAGGGGUACUUUGGGGGGGAAUUGAAUGCCCCUCUUGCCCCCCGUGUCCUGUGUUUUUACCACUGUCACUCAAACAAGACACGCGAGGCCACACCCCCAGCCUCUUCAUUUUCGUGUCAGGACAUUAGUUAUUACACGUGAAGAGCCUUAAAUGAUGGUAUUUCACUGAUGAUUUAUUAUUAUUUUUUUAAUGAUUGUUGGCCUGAACAUUUGAAUUGUGAAUCGUGCGUGCGAGCUCGCGCAACUUUAUCUUAAACGUGAACGCGUAUAACGUCUCUUAACGGCACCGGCGAAACUGGAGAUAUUCAACGGUUGUGUAAUAUUAAACUGGUGAAUGUCAGACUGUAAACGGGUAGCCAUAUAUCCAUAUACACAGGCUAAUCUGUCAGUGCGGGUAUGUAGAAGUGCAGCUUAACGGCCACAAGAGGGCGCUGAUGACACAGAUUACGGUAGUUGUUCUUAAAGGCCUUGCAACAAAUAACAACAUUAGCAAUCUUUGUGUGCCUAAACUGGUGCCUGAAGUUUAUUAUAAUUGUGUUGUCAAUAUGUAUUUAAAGGGAAAGGUGGGGUGUUUUAAUUUAUUUUGUAAAACUAUAAAAGUAAAAUUAUAAAAUUCUAUACAGUACAUGCCAUCUGUUUAUUCUAUUAAGAAUAAAGUGUUUAUUUUACAUA